AUGGUUCACUUCUGCUUCGAUCACAACAUUAAGGUCUUCCCAAUGCCUCCCCAUCUUACACAUCAGCUUCAACCUCUUGAUGUCGGCGUUUUUAGGUCAUACAAACACUGGCAUCAACAAGUUCUACAUCGUGAGAUUGCUGACGGGGCAUAUGACUUUAACAAGUCCGAUUUUCUAUAUCAUCUUCAAGAGGUCCGCACUCGCACCUUCAAAAAGCACACAAUUCUCUCAUCUUGGCAGAAAUGUGGCCUCUUCCCAUUCAGUCCCGAGAUCGUGCUCUCUCAGCUUCAAGACACGCUCUCGUCGCUCACAGAAGAAGUGGCUAUUAAGGACCUGCCGGGCUCGAUCGAAAGCGAGCCUCAGGGCGGGCCUCAGGCAGCAAGACCAUCAACACCAUCGCCACACACGCCGCCCUCGAUUCAACGAUUCAACUGGAACAAUGUUUCAACGCCGAGACUCAACCUCUCUACGAUUCAGAGGUAUCACGCCUACGUACAGCUUCGUCUAGCCACAUCAGUUGACUCCCACAUGCCGUUGACUCCCUCCGUCACAUACGUCUAUGAGAAGGCGCGGAAAGCCGACAAAACCCUCGCUCUCAACGGCAUCACCGCAACGGCCGAGAUGACGAAGAUAAAAGAGAAACAAGCCAAGCGCUCCAGUCUCCAGCAACAGACAACUAUUGUAGCGAGAUACGGCCCAUUAAGCGUCGGUGACGCUAGAAUUCGAGUCGCCCGAGACGAAUACAAUAGACAAGCGGCACAAGAAGAGGAGGCACAGAGAGUCAGGAAUAAGGAGGUUCGCGACGAAGCUGGCUAUAUACGCCGCUGGCUUCGCAAGGUACGCUUCAACGUCAGGAUUAGCAUCACAGAGGCGAGGAUUCGAGACAUCAGAGGUCUCUGGGCCAAGGGCGACAAGCGCGCACACCUCAAUUGCAAUGAGUGGAUGUGCGCAAGCUACAGGAUUCUCCGCGAGCUACACAACCGCGGCGUAGGGCAAAGCAAGGCGAUCAUGUGGCCGGAGUACUAUGAUCGCGAGAUUGUAAAGGAAGCAGCCGAAUUAGUGGUGAUGGAGGCAAAUAAGCGUGCUAUUUGCCGUCAGACGCUUUCCUUGGAAGCUGACGGCAUCGAGAUGCGAUGA